AGUGUAUUAAUAUAUAUAUUUUUAAUAUGAAUGUUAAUUUAAUCUGUCCAUAGCACAAAUAACAAGUUAUCCAAGCCUGUAUUGAUUUAGAUUGCUCUGUGUUCCCUUUUAUGUGUAAAGUGUGUAUGACAGAUUAAAAAACCAUUUCUUAACAUACAAAACACAAUCAAUGUUUAAUACCCUACCAGUAAUAUGUAACAUUGGUAAGUAAAUAAAUUGAAGACUAACUUCAUGAUGCUAACAAAUAUAUUGAUCUUUUUAACAAAGAAUCUUAAGUUGUUUAAUAAAUUUUGUUAUCAGAUGAACAUUUGAAUAAUAUGGAAGGAUAUGUAAGAUCAUAAAAACAAUAAAUUGAAUCUGAUAUCAACUAAGCAUUAGAAUCCAUCAUAUUACUAUUUGAAUUGCAUAAAACAGAACUAUUGAACAAACUAGAUCAAUAUCUCAAAAUAUACAAAAACAAUUUUUUUAUACUUAAAGAAUAACUAGAACCAAUACAUUUUCUUUUGACUAAGUGUAAAUAUUACUCAAAUGAAAACAAUUUAAAAGUAAGAAUUAUAUGUAUUAUAGUAAAAAUUGCAUACUAAACCUGAUUUAGGAUCAUAAGUCAAAGUAUCAAUUAAAUAAAUGUCGAUUAUAAAGAAACCAGAAUAAUUAAAGUAAGUAUUGGAUAAAGUCAAGAAGGCUUAAGAAUUAUAAUAUAAUAAUGAGAAUUUCACAAAAUUACUAACUGAUGCAAUGAAUUCAAUCAAAGAUUUCUAUAAUAAGAAUGUCAGUAUUCCAAAUCAAACACCAAUUGAAAUUUAACAAUAACCAAAUAUAUUAACUACCAUUCAAGCUAUAUCCUCUCCUCCAAUUAAAAGUAAAUCUAUGGAUGUAUCAAAUGCUGAUAAAGUGACAAUGUUAGAUGAUAACAAAACAGUUAUUUCUGCAGUCGAUACUAAGAUCUCUGUAUAAAGUUAAUUAUAACCAACAAUAAUUCCAAAUAUUAAUGUUUAAAUAUUAGAUAAUAGAAUAAUUGAAGAUGCUAAUCAAUCAAAAGUAAUAUUAUUUAUUAUUAUCUAUUUAGGGACAUUCAAAUUAAAGAUUCAGAAUAAAAAAGAAAUUAAGUAUUGAAUUCUAAGUUACUUCAUUAGCUUUAGUCAGUAAUGCAUCUGUUGCCUUAGGAUUAGCUGAUGGAACUGUCAAAUUAUUAGACAUGAGUACAAGCAAAGUUAGUUUUUAUCCUAAUACUUAUAUUUAACAUACUAAACCUGUUUGUCAAUUAUCAAUUUUAAAAUAAAAUAGAGGUACUAGAUUGGCAUCUUUAAGUGAUGAAAAUUAUGCUAUUAUAUGGACAUUAGGAGAAAAUUAUGUACCUUAUCCAGAAAGAAAAUUAAUUGGAUUCAAAUCUAAAUUAAAUAGAAUUAUGGAUAUAGCAGAUUCAUCACAUCUUCUUUGUUUGAGUGAUACUAAUCUAUAAGUUAUCAAUUAUCAUGAUAAUAGAAUUGCUUAUACUUUUGAUUUUAAAACUUAACUUAUUGAAUUUCUUUAUGUAAGUAAAUAUGAAAAAUUUGCUACUAUUUCUUAAGGGAAUAUAGUUUCAAUUUAUAGUUUAAAAAUGAAUAAUAAUUUGUAAGGAGCAAUGUUAUUAGUUAAUUGUGAAUUAGAAUGUAUAUAACCAGCUCUNUAUCAACUAAGCAUUAGAAUCCAUCAUAUUACUAUUUGAAUUGCAUAAAACAGAACUAUUGAACAAACUAGAUCAAUAUCUCAAAAUAUACAAAAACAAUUUUUUUAUACUUAAAGAAUAACUAGAACCAAUACAUUUUCUUUUGACUAAGUGUAAAUAUUACUCAAAUGAAAACAAUUUAAAAGUAAGAAUUAUAUGUAUUAUAGUAAAAAUUGCAUACUAAACCUGAUUUAGGAUCAUAAGUCAAAGUAUCAAUUAAAUAAAUGUCGAUUAUAAAGAAACCAGAAUAAUUAAAGUAAGUAUUGGAUAAAGUCAAGAAGGCUUAAGAAUUAUAAUAUAAUAAUGAGAAUUUCACAAAAUUACUAACUGAUGCAAUGAAUUCAAUCAAAGAUUUCUAUAAUAAGAAUGUCAGUAUUCCAAAUCAAACACCAAUUGAAAUUUAACAAUAACCAAAUAUAUUAACUACCAUUCAAGCUAUAUCCUCUCCUCCAAUUAAAAGUAAAUCUAUGGAUGUAUCAAAUGCUGAUAAAGUGACAAUGUUAGAUGAUAACAAAACAGUUAUUUCUGCAGUCGAUACUAAGAUCUCUGUAUAAAGUUAAUUAUAACCAACAAUAAUUCCAAAUAUUAAUGUUUAAAUAUUAGAUAAUAGAAUAAUUGAAGAUGCUAAUCAAUCAAAAGUAAUAUUAUUUAUUAUUAUCUAUUUAGGGACAUUCAAAUUAAAGAUUCAGAAUAAAAAAGAAAUUAAGUAUUGAAUUCUAAGUUACUUCAUUAGCUUUAGUCAGUAAUGCAUCUGUUGCCUUAGGAUUAGCUGAUGGAACUGUCAAAUUAUUAGACAUGAGUACAAGCAAAGUUAGUUUUUAUCCUAAUACUUAUAUUUAACAUACUAAACCUGUUUGUCAAUUAUCAAUUUUAAAAUAAAAUAGAGGUACUAGAUUGGCAUCUUUAAGUGAUGAAAAUUAUGCUAUUAUAUGGACAUUAGGAGAAAAUUAUGUACCUUAUCCAGAAAGAAAAUUAAUUGGAUUCAAAUCUAAAUUAAAUAGAAUUAUGGAUAUAGCAGAUUCAUCACAUCUUCUUUGUUUGAGUGAUACUAAUCUAUAAGUUAUCAAUUAUCAUGAUAAUAGAAUUGCUUAUACUUUUGAUUUUAAAACUUAACUUAUUGAAUUUCUUUAUGUAAGUAAAUAUGAAAAAUUUGCUACUAUUUCUUAAGGGAAUAUAGUUUCAAUUUAUAGUUUAAAAAUGAAUAAUAAUUUGUAAGGAGCAAUGUUAUUAGUUAAUUGUGAAUUAGAAUGUAUAUAACCAGCUCUUCCUAUCUCAAAUAUAAGCACAUGUAUUGCAACAGAAUACUUGAAUGAUAUAGUCAUUUGUUAUGGAUGUACUGAUGGAUCUGUUAAAUUAUUUAAUGUACUUAAAAACAUCUUAAUAGGUGAAUAUUAAGUAAGUUAUUUAUACUUAUUUUUAAGUUAUUCAAUUCAAAGGUAUAGGAGAUGAUUAUUGUUAAAUAGCAUAAACUUUUUAUUUUAGUAGCCUUUGCUGAAAGUUUAAAAUAAAUUAAAGCAAUAAUGAUAUAAGAGAGCAAAAUAAUUCCAAUUGAAAUGUUUGGUGAAUUGCUUGAAUGUCCUGCUAGGAGUGGCAAAAAUGUUCUUUAAACAUUUUUCAAAAAUAGAAGUUCAUUUUAUUUAUUGAGUGACUCAUAGAAAGACAUUGGAUUAUAUGAAUUAUGCUGA